CCACCAACUCCAUCGCCACGCAGAGCGACCAUGUCUGCCCCACCUCCUCGGCGGCCUGACGGCAGCAGACCAGAUGCGGACUCCGAGGGCACAAGCAAGGGGAAAAGGCGAGAGGGCUCUUCAGCAACAGCUUCUUCGAGCCGAUUCGCCUUGCCAGUACCCACAGCUUCGGAUCUUGCUGGCAUGAUGGUCUCGGGAGGUAAAGCUGUUCCUGGCGCUUCGGGUCUGCCAGGCGUAGACUCUCAGCAGGCGCAGUGGAACUCCGAUGCUCGAGCAGCAGCAGCAGCAGCGGCUGCUGUGGGGGGUUCAAACACGGCAGGCUACGUCCCUGGCACAGCCACGUUCAGAUCCGCAGGUCCGUCCGGCUCAUCCACAGCGCACCCAACCGAGCAUGCAAUGAGCACCUUUGUGCACGGCAAAGCGCCAGAUGAAGCGCAAGCGCAGGCUCAGGCUCGCGAUGAAGGGCGUCAAGAUGCAGAGGAAGGUCGUCGACUGCUCCGUUCGCCCGAACUGCUUGUCGGUCCCUAUGCCCAUGCCGAAGCGCUGGAUCCCGCUCUUCACCAUUCCGUGCGCACAGCUUCCAAAGCCUCCAUGAUGGAUUCAGCCUGGCUCUCUUCCAUCUACUCCAACUCUGGCACCUCGCAGAACCAUCCGAACGAAAGUUCGCUACAAAGGACGUGGGAGCGGUCUUCCCUGCCGAGCCAGCAGAUGGAAGGACCAUCCGCCGCAGAUCCGAGCUUGAACUUUAUGGAUGCGUUAGCUACGGACGAGGCGCUAGAAGCACCACAAGCGGCAGUCGCACCAUUCGUGCCUCCCGCUCACGGCGUUCAAGCUCUCCCAGCAGGCUUGACAGAUACAUGGCGUCCGCCCACUCCUUCUCGACCUGGCGAGCUGACACUGGAGCAGCUAGAGCUGCAUCGACAAGUAGCAGCAGCCCAAGAUGAUCAAUUGCCUCACCUACCUCCCCUCACUUCGGAAGCUGAUGCUUCUCAAAACGCGCUAGGCUCGAGAGCGGCCGAAAGUGUGGCGCCGCCGCGAGAUGACGAGAGGUCAAGAACGGGUGUGUACGCAUUAAAUCCGGAAGAUGCUCUGAGGGCCGUUUGGGAUGGACCGGUGGAGGGAGAGAGAGCUAGACAGGUUACGAAAGCGAGUAGCAGUGAUGCGCUAAGAGGCGGCGAAGGCAGUGUGGAGAGAGGCAAGCAGGUAGUAGGACGUGUUUUGACGUAUAUCGGGAGAGGGACGUAUGUAGAUGACGUGUAUGGUCUACCGCCUUUUCUCGCGCAAGCACUCAAGGAGGCCACUUCGGAGACGCAAGAUUCAGAGAGCGAUGCCAUGCGCGCUCGAGCCAUUGCUCGUCUCGAGGCGCUCACAAGGCAUCUGACCCUCAGCGAUACCGAUCGACAAGCAGGAACUGCGGACAAAACAGCAGCAGCCGAAAAUUGGCUCCGGCGAAAUUGAGUGUGCCUGUCCGGCUCCACCUGCGCAAGCCAUUGACGAGGACAGCUUCUUGUAAUACUGUAACGUAACGCAUCGUAUUGUAAGGCGCAAGGAAACCAAAGCAAUGCAGCUCCGCAUCUAAUCUUCCCUAACAUACCCAGCUGGGAACAGUCCGACUCUGCCAUUCGCAUCUCUUCCCUGCGCCCAGCCAUCUCCAAAAGCCAAGCCUUUGCCCGUCAAUUCUACCUGUUCCCCUUCGGUCAGGUCGAUCUCGUCGGGCCCUUGAGCCGCAUAAUCGUAGAGCGCAGUGACUCGUUUGACUCGUGGUGUCUGUGCUGGUUUUGUCGCCCGGGAAGUAGGAGGUGGUCGAGCUGGAAUGGGCG